UUCUGCUAGCGAUUAGCCACACGUCUGCUCUGCAUAUAAAUGGUUGUGUUGCUGACUUGUACAUGUAAAAGCGGUGUGUACGAGUUAAGUUGUGUACUCGGGUCACACACCGUGUGUUUUUAUACCGCCGUCUGAAAAAGCAUGAUGCGCUCGCUGGUGCCUUUGCAGACACGUUUACAGUGCCAUUGAGCUGAAUGUGUUUGUGUGGAGCGUUAUGGGAGUGUGUUGUGUUGUGAUGUGUGUCUACAGCUAACACACUGUUACACCCAGUCACCUGGUUGUGUAGCGCGAGCUCUUCCCUGUGCUCUGUUACACACAUCUGUGCUCUGACAUGUAGAGUGUGUGCAGUAAGUAGAUGCAGAGACAGUGAGAGCAGCAGUGGCAGUUACAAUGGUGCUGUGCGAACCGCACUGGGAUCAACACAUCCCCUGGCCAAAGAUCCAAGCUCUGCAGUCCCGCCUGCUGGUGGCCUCGGUGGCCUUGAUUUGCUUCAUAAACAGCUACGAUGGAGACUUUGUCUUUGAUGAUUCAGAAGCUAUAAUCAACAACAAGGACUUAAACCCAGCAACUCCUCUAAGUAACAUCUGGAAAAAUGACUUCUGGGGAAGCAACUUGAGCAGCAACUCCAGCCACAAAUCCUACCGGCCGCUGACUGUUCUCACCUUUAGGCUUAACUACCUCUUGGCUGGUGGUCUGCAUCCGGUGGGCUUCCAUGUGCUUAACAUCGGCUUCCACUGUGUUAUCUCGGCGUUAAUGAUCGAUGUCUUCGCAGUAUUAAUUGCUGGUUUGGGCUGCGAUGGGAAAGCCAUGGGAAAGAGACUUGCACAGUUUCCGAAGGCAUCUGUCUUGGCUGCACUCUUUUUUGCUGCACACCCGGUUCACACAGAAAGUGUGGCUGGCAUUGUGGGCCGGGCAGACCUCUUAUGUGCCCUGUUUUUCCAGCUCUCCUUCCUUUCAUAUUGUAGAGCAUUUCAGGCUGGUGACAAAACUGAAAGAUUCUCAAUGUCAUGGAUAAUAGUCAGCCUUUUGCUCUGUGCUGUGGCUAUGCUAUGUAAAGAACAAGGAAUUACUGUUUUGGGAGUGAAUGCUUCAUUUGAUAUCCUUGUGAUCUGCGAUGUGAAUAUCUAUGACCUGACUCGCAGACUUCUAGUGGCAAAGAAAGCUACAGAUGUUAUUGAGAAGGUCAGAAAUGGACUGCUGGUGAGACUGGCCCUGCUGCUUUUGGGAGGCUCCUUGCUUUUGUUUGCGAGGUGGAAGAUUAUGGGUACAGGCCCCCCAGCCUUCACUGAAGUAGACAACCCAGCUUCCUUUGCCGAAAAUCUGUUUUUUAGGAUUGUGAACUAUAAUUACUACUACUCCUUGAAUGCAUGGCUGCUGCUGUGUCCCUGGUGGCUGUGUUUUGAUUGGUCAAUGGGCUGUGUACCUCUUAUUAAAUCAGCCGGUGACUGGAGAAUCGUCUGGCUGCUGCUGCUGUGGGCCUGCUUGAUUGGCUUGAUAAGGCAAGCUCUGUGCUCCCCAGACAGCAGCGAGAGAAGGACUUUGACUUUUGGUUUAGUGCUGCUGGUCAUUCCCUUCCUGCCAGCCAGUAAUCUGUUCUUUCGUGUUGGCUUUGUGAUAGCUGAGCGUGUCCUAUACCUCUCCACUGCUGGUUACUGCCUCAUCCUGGCCUACGCAGUGGCUUAUUGCUGUGGUCGCUGGAGGAGACCCAAGAAGCUGCUGCAGGCAGCCACAUUGGCCCUGCUGGGUAUCAAUGUGGCACGCUGCGCCCUGCGCAGUCAGCAAUGGAGGACUGAGCAGAGCCUUUUCACUAGUGCCUUGUCUGUCUGCCCACUGAAUGCCAAGGUUCAUUAUAAUGUUGGCAAAAACCUCGCUGACCGAGGCAACCAGAGUGCUGCAAUCAAGUACUACAGGGAAGCUGUGAGGUUACACCCAAAAUAUGUCCAUGCCAUGAACAAUCUGGGAAAUAUACUGAAAGAGAGAAACGAGCUGCGGGAGGCAGAAGACGUACUGUCUGCAGCUGUUCUCAUCCAGCCAGAUUUUGCUGCUGCUUGGAUGAAUCUGGGAAUUGUGCAGAACAGUUUAAAAAAAUACGAUGAGGCCGAGAAAAGCUACUGGAACGCUAUUAAAUUCAGGAAGAAGUAUCCAGAUUGCUACUACAAUUUGGGUCGACUGUAUGCCGAUCAGAAUCGUCAUGUGGAUGCUCUGAAUGCUUGGAAGAAUGCCACCAUGUUGAAGCCUGAUCACAGCCUGGCGUGGAAUAACAUGGUUAUACUACUGGAUAACACUGGUAAUUUGGCCCAAGCAGAGAUGAUAGGAAAAGAGGCUUUGAAGAUACUACCUAAAGACCACACAAUCAUGUUUUCAUUAGCCAAUGUGCUGGGCAAGCAGCAGAAAUACAAGGAGUCGGAAGGUUUCUUUCUAAAUGCACUGAAGAUCAAUCCCAAUGCUGCCAGUUGCCAUGGCAAUCUUGCUGUUCUGUACCACCGCUGGGGGAAGCUGGAAUUGGCUAAGAGGCAUUAUGAGCUUGCUUUAAAACUGGAUCCCAGUGCUCCAGGGACCAAGGAAAACUACAACAUGCUGAAACGCAAGUUAGAGCAGCAGCAAAGGCCAGCUGGUUAAAUUGGGCUUUGAUAUUAAAUGUCACGAAUGCCACAUUUGUGUGACGUCCAUGCCAAGAAUCCGAUUAAAGAGACUGUCCCCGUUUAUAGUGUGUUCUUUUGUAUGGAAACAAAAUAAUGAUAUAAAUGAGGAUGAGAGGUGUCGACUCAGUGACGCGUGUUCGAAGGUCAGAACUGUGGCUUUGUAGCAGAAUAAAGUUCUUGUCUUACAUGUGGCCCUUGGUGUUAAGGAAUGUGGAACAUAUCCACCAUCUUUUAUUCGUGUCUUUCAUCUUGGACACUAUGUUAUGUCAGCUGGCUCUCUAUUUAUUAGUCUAUUUGACUUUGUAAUUGUUGAGCAUGUUCCCAUUGGCCAUUGAUCAAGAAUGUGCUAGUCAAACUGACAAAUUGCAUUUUAAAACCUCAGUAACCAAGAUUAAGUCACAUAGCUGGGAGAUUAUUAUUGGUUUUUGUUAGUGUGCACAUUCCAGAGUGUCAUAGUAAUGUUUUGGUGAGUAUGGAUCAUAACUCUUAAUUCCCUUCAAAUCUGUAGUUAAUGUAAGAAAGGUGUUUUGCAAGUGUGCAUCGUUGAUUGUUGCAAGAGCCAACAGGAUCACUCCAAGCAGGAAGCCAGCAGCAAUGGCAGAAAAGAAAACAGCACAGCAUGGAGCAGAUGCUUCAAAGGAGGCUGGACGCCAUCCCCAAGGGGCAUUUCACACGUGCUGGCUCUUCUUAAAAGUUAGUGCUGAGUGAAGGCUGACCUCAGGACAAAACUUCAGUCAACAAGUCUGCUCCUCAGGUUGAAAGUUCAGCACACUUCUAUUUUUUCACCUGCUUACUCCUACCGCCAGGGAACAUUUGAAGAGCAUUGCUGGUCCUGCAAAUACGUUAUCGGAUGAGAGCUUGGUUUGCUUUAACAGCAUGAACUACAGGUGUUUAAGGUACAAUUCAGAAAUGGUUUCAAUUAUAAUAUAGAAAAAAAGAAGAAAUGUAUCUCACAGUACUGAGUAUAAUUCUAUAUAGAAAUUUACAAUAAUACAGAUAUUUUUGGGAUACAUAUUUGAUUGGUUGAUCUCACUUCAGUUGGACAUCUCACUGUUUGUAUCACUCCAUUUGUCUGUGUUUGCCAUACAAGUUCCACUACCUAGUUUAAGACUGUAAUUGUUUGUGGCAUUAUCAGUGAACAUGGCAAACAAUGUUUUUUUUUUAUGUUUUUUUUUAAAUCUUUGAUUUAAAAUGUGAACACUUGUCAGAUAAAGAAAAACAAAUAAAGAAUAUGGGAAACCAAUUUUAGCAGAAACAACUUUAAUGAGAAGGUCUAAAUCAAAGUGAGCUAGGUGGCAUAUAGCUUUUUCAUGCUACCUUUAAAAACAUAGAAGCCAAAAUAAGUGUGUGUGUGUGUGUGUAGAUAAUGUCUGAAAUGUACUAAAUAUCCCAAUUUUCUGUUUAUACAACCAAUAUUGUACUCACAAUCAUGCUGUUGCAUGGCUGUAAUUAACUACAGCACGUCACAGGGAUGUGCAGGACCAGUUUAUCUUGUCAGAAACUUUCUUUAUAGCUGAGGUUAAAUCUUCUGGCAGAGGAAACUAUGGUUAGGAGUUUAUAAAUCCUGGUAUUUUGUAGCAUUCAUGCCACAAAAGACUGUUAACCACCAGCCAUAAAGCAAUUACACAAAAUCAAUUAUCGAGCAUUAUAGUGUACAAUACUGUACAAUGCAUGUUCUAUGCAGUCUUCUUUUUAUCCUAAUCGUGUGUCCCCAGUUGUGCUUAGUGCUAUUUUUAACUGAUUAGAUUCCUUAUUUGUGUGGUCAACGACAAUCUGCAUAUGUGUGUGUAAAGCUAUUGUGGUUUUCCCCCCAUAAAAAAAUCAUUUGAUUUUGACACAUUUUCAUGAAUAAAAAUAAUUUAAACACU